AUGACACCGCCGAGCAAGAGAAUUCUCGUCCUGGGCGCCACCGGUGUCAUUGGCAAGGUCCUGGUGGACGCACUGGUGCGCGCGGGGGAUGCCUUUGACACCAUCGGUCUCUUCACGUCGCCAGACACGGUCGCCCGCAAGAAGGAGCUCAUCGAUUCGUUUGUGAGCCGGGGGGUGGUCGUGCGGACCGGCGACAUUGAUGCUGACGAGGAUGUCCUGGAGGCGUACAAAGACUUUGACACGGUCGUGUCGGCAGUCGGCCGCAACGCCAUCGAGAAGCAGGUCCGGCUGAUCGACCUGGCCGCCCAUCGAGCCCCGAGCAUUGUCCGCUUCUUGCCGUCCGAGUUUGGCACCGACAUCGACUACUGCGCCGCCUCAGCCGCCGAGAUCCCUCAUCAGAAGAAGCGCCGCGUGCGGGCCUGUCUGGCCGGACAGACCAGCCUCGCGUACUCCUUUGUCGUCACCGGGCCGUUUGCCGACCUCUUCAUUGGCAACUUGCCGGCAGAGCCGCGCGUUGGCAGCUUCGAUCUGGUCACGCGCACCGCCUUCCUCGCCGCGCCUGACGGCCCUGUCGGCCUGACCACCAUGGCCGACGUCGGUCGCGCCCUCGUGGCCGUGCUGCACCACCCGGACGUCUGCGACGGCCGCGCCGUCUACGUACACUCCUUCGUCACCACGCCGGCCACCAUUCUGGCCGAGUUUGAGCGCCAGACGGCCAGCAGCAACGCCGCCGCCGCCUGGACUGUCCACCACACCACCCUGUCUCAGCUCCGCGACAUUGAGCAGGACGCCCGCGCCCACGCCGCCCCCCUCGCCGAUCUCUUCACGCUGCGCCGCAUCUGGGCCGAAGGCGGAACGCUCUACGACCACAUGGACAACGAGGCCAUCGGCCUGACCUCGACGGACUCGCUGGAGGACGUCGUGCAUGCGGCUGUCGAGCGGCCGGUGGCUGCCUUCCAGAGCGGCGAGCUGUAG